AUGAGCGACAGCUCGAGAACCCUAAGCAGCGAGGCAAUGGAGAAAAUAAUCGGAAAUAUGACUGCAGAAAUGCAAAAUAUCGAUGGUCAAUAUGUUCCUUUGGGCUUCACACCACCACCGGCCACUGCGGAGUCCCUAAACUGGUCCCAACACCCACAAACGAGCUAUAUGAAUCGGUUCCCGCCGACCGUAGAUCAGUACGCACCGCAGAGUUUCAAUUUUCUACCCCAAAGUGCUCAGCUGUUCGAGCCGAACGGCUACAAGAAGAGCCUGCCCGACUACGAUCUCUACAAGCUGCAGAACGGCAACGACCUGGGGUACCUGGAGCCGGAUUAUCCCUACAUGCCCCACGUCAUGAACCCUCUACCCGAGCACCCGCUGUUGCACCAAGACAAAGUACCUGUGUCGAAUCCCACCCAAUUGAUAGAUCUGGUCGGUAACUGGAUGGUACCGAACGACAGCGGUACUUACUCGCCCUUCGGCACGUCGGAAUACAAACCGAACGUGUUCGAUUUACCAUCCGAUCUCAGUAACAGUACAAACGCGAAAGAUGAAAGUAGGUUUAAGAGCGAUCAACUCGACGAAGUACAAUUCUCGUUUAACAGAGACACCCGAAAGCCCAGAAUGGUGGCCGAGGUGAAACCGAUGCGACCGAGUUACUCGGACGUUCUAACCAAACCCGUCACACAGGUGGUUAACAAAUGCACGAAAAACGAAGCAAAGGAUAACAAACUGAAGAAGGAUUGCAAGAAGAAUUGCAAAACCGAGAAGAACCAGAAAGUGGCGAGCCCCUUGGGGAAAUUUAACGUUACGAACGACAUCAAAGACGCUUCCAACGAGAAAAGCACCGUUCACAUUAAACAAGACAAAAAGCCUGUUAGAGGCACCAACUUCAACAGGAAAUGGACUUCCUUGGAAAACAUCGCCGACUCCCACAUCAAAGUCGAGGAGACGAAGAAGAGGAAACCCGAGGAGAAAAACUGCCCGAAGAAUUCGAAAAAGUUCAACAAGCUCGUUAGCGAAAUCAACGUCGAAGAGAACAUCUCGAAGUGCGUCGGCGUGAAUUUGUGCAAGAAUCUAAAAAAGACCAUCAAACCGAUCGUCAGACCGAAACCGGCCGAUUCGUUCGGCAGCAACGAAAGACCGCCCGGAAAAAGGAUCCAGCGAUCGAGGAAAAAGGAUAAUCACGUUCCGUUCGGAGUGUUUGGUCAAAAAUUGAAGCAAUACACCAAAGGCUGGUGGAAAAUAAUCACCGUGUUCCUACUAUGGUUGUUUCACUUGAUCUCCGACAUUUGCCAGCUCAGUUUGCACAUCAGUCGUGAUAUGGCUUUGAUUUCUUGGAUAUGGAUUUGUUCGCAUUUGUCGCUGAUUUGGGAAGCCGCCAAGAGUUGCCUGUUGAAGAUCCGCCUCUUCCGAUGGGUCCACGACAAAUUCAAAGGCAGAAAAAAGCCGGAAACCGUCGAAGAUACGCCGCGUUUCACGCAAAGUGGCCUUCAGAACAACAUCAACAUGCCGACGACCGGCGACGAGGCGAUGAAGAGACUGUUGGCGUGCAAAGGAAAGGACCCUUACAGCAUCCUCGGCGUAGCGCCUACUUGUACCGACGACGAUAUUAAAAGGUAUUACAAACGCCAGGCGUUUUUGGUGCAUCCGGAUAAAAACAACCAGCCCGGCGCCGAGGAAGCUUUUAAAAUUUUAGUGCACGCAUUCGACAUGAUCGGAGAACCGGAACGCAGGGCUGCUUACGAUAGAGGCGUUGUGGAAUCGGCGCAGGUGGUGCAGGCGUGGAGCGAGCUGACGGAGCUGCUGCAGCAGCUGCAGGAGAAGGUGGAGGCGGCCGCGAACACGAUCAGGUGCAGCUCGUGCGGCAUGAGACACAAGCGCGUCAAGAUAGAUCGGCCGAGUUACGCGGCGCGUAAUUGCAACAUGUGCAAGAUCCACCAUUCGGCUCGAGAAGGGGACAUUUGGGCGGAGGCUAAAGUGAUGGGGUUCCUCUGGCACUAUUACGCUUGCAUGGAGGGGGCCGUGUACGAUAUCACGGAAUGGGCCGGUUGUCAGAAGGAAAAUCUCAAGCAUCUCAGACCCGAUUCGCAUCACGUGCAAUAUAGAAUAGCGCUCGGGAAACAAAAUCAACCGCGAAGGCACGUGCCCACGGCGCCCGCCGAUAGACCGGAUUUGGAAAAUUUGUUAAAUACUCUCUAUGGACAAACCGAUGGUACUCAAAGUACCCGCCGUAGGAAUAAGAAAAAUAACAAAUAA